AUGGCGAGAGUCGAGGAAGAUACCCUGGAUGCUGCGGCACCAUUGCUCGAAAGUCCACGGCAUGAUAAUACCAGUUCACCAAAUACUAGAGACGAAGAUGAUACAUCCGUCAUCGAUGUCCUAUCUCUCACAGGCACCGGAACCUGGUUUAUCUGGGCCUUGACCUUCUCCGCCGGUAUCAGCGGCUUUCUAUUCGGAUAUGAUACCGGAGUUAUAUCGUCAGCUUUAGUGUCGAUCGGAACAGAUCUCUCUCAACGCGAGUUAACCAUCCUUGACCGGAGUUUGAUCACCUCCUCGACCAGUCUAUUUGCGCUUAUAGCCAGUCCCCUGGGAGGCGUUCUGGGCGAUAAGGCCGGCCGCAAGCCUGCAAUAGUUAUCUCUGGUAUUCUAUUUAUUAUCGGGGCUCUAUGGCAGGGGGCCACUUCUACCGUUUGGGGGAUGAUAUCUGGCCGGAGUUUGGUAGGGCUGGCCAUAGGCAUGUCAAGCUUGAUAACACCGCUGUAUAUCUCCGAACUCUCUCCCUCACAUCUCCGCGGCAGGAUGGUGACUGUACUUAGUCUCCUCGUCACAGGAGGACAAGUGAUAGCGUACAUCGUAGGGUGGCUUUUAUCCAGCCAACCCAGCGGCUGGAGAUGGAUGGUUGGUCUUGGCUGUUCUCCUGCCGUCAUGCAACUCUUAAUUCUCGCUUUCCUGCCCGAAACUCCAAGGUGGCUUGUCCGCGCCAACCGGGCUAAUGAAGCUCGCCGAAUCAUGCAAAGAGUUUACGGAGACACCAAAGAAAGUAACCAGAUUGUUGAACAUAUCCUUCGAGACAUCGAGCAGGAAGUGCUGCAUGCCUCAGCUGAGAUAGACGCUCGGUCAGGCAUCUCUACUAGCGCCACAUCUCUACCUACACGACGGCGAUGGCUGCAGAAAGUCCAACGGACAUAUACCGACCUCUUCACAAUCGGCUGCCACCGUCGUGCACUCAUAAUAGCAUGCACACUGCAAGGCCUCCAGCAACUCUGCGGCUUCAACUCACUCAUGUACUUCGCAGCAACGAUAUUCAAGUCUCUCUCCUUCUCCUCGCCAACCCUCACUGCUCUUUCGGUCGCGGGGACGAACUUCAUCUUCACUUUUCUCGCAUACUUACUCAUCGACCGUAUUGGUCGUCGUCGUAUACUAUUAUAUUCUAUUCCAGUCAUGGUAGUGUCACUCGUUAUCUGCGCCAUUGCUUUCCCAUCGACGUCUCUUGCUGAUGGGAGCGCCUCUGAGCCGCCGGCUCCAGCUAAUUCUCAAGCGGCUAUCAUACUACUCUGUCUCACGACGUACACUGCCUCCUAUGCUUCGGGACUGGGCAAUGUGCCAUGGCAGCAGUCGGAGCUUUUCCCACUUAGUGUGCGAAGUCUUGGCUCUGCUUUGGCAACGGGUACAAACUGGGGUUCUAAUUUCAUCAUUGGCUUGACGUUCCUGCCUAUGAUGCGGUGGAUGGGAGCCGGAUGGACGUUUUUCAUAUAUGCUGCUAUUUGUGGCGUUGGAUGGGGCUUACUUGCCAAGGGUGGGGGGUCGAGGAAAGUUAUCGCAAAUUUAUAG